GAUCUAUCGUUUUGGACCGAAAAUCGCGAUCUCAGACAACACGAUUUUGGGAUCGUCAAAGCUGCGGUUUUUGCUUGGUGUAUAUUAAUAAUAAUAAUUUCGUCAAUAAUUUCACAUGAAUGCCCAAGGCUCUGUGUCAGCUACCGAUCAGAAAGCUGCAGGCUGCGCGUGACCAGAUCACGUGUUCGCCACCCAAGUCAGUGUGUAGCUUGUCAUUCAAUUUCAAGCAUACUUCCCCACUGACCAUACCGGGGAGAAUAUUGCCAUGGGGUUGAAGGAGUGCUUGGCCAACUGGGGUCUAAAAGAAGAAGCCCAGACGUGCAUAAUAACAGACAACGCUUCAAAUAUGGUCAAAGCAAUGGGACUUAACCAAUGGACCAGACUGCAGUGCUUCGGACACAGGCUGCAUCUUGCAAUUGAAAAUGCUGUCAAAGAUGAGCAAAGAAUCAAACGGGCCACAGGACUUUGCAAGCAGCUGGUUGCGGUCUUCACUCACAGCUGGAAGAAGAAGGCGGCACUAAAACAGGCACAGCAAGACUUGAACCUACCUCAACAGUCACUGGUCACUGAAUGUCCGACACGAUGGGGCUCCCGGCAGAAAAUGAUUGGGAGGGUGUUGGAGCAGAGCAAGGCACUGUGCCAGGUUCUGUCUGAAGACAGGAAGACGCGGCACCUGGUCCUCACUUGGCAAGACACAGAUGUCCUUGAAUCUGUAAACAAUGCCCUCGGUCCUCUUCAGGAGUUCACAGACGCCCUCUCAGGUGAGGACUACGUAAGCGUGUCAUACCUGAAGCCAGUGCUCCAUCUCCUCAGAACAGCAACGCUUGCUGAAACUGACCAGGACACGAAUCUCACCAAGGAGAUCAAAUCAAGAGCUCUCCACUACAUUGAAGAGAAAUACAGCGACCCAGUGACACAGGAGCUCUUGGACAUCACAUCCUUCCUUGAUCCAAGAUUCAAGAAGAGCUACAUAAGUGAAGAGAAUGUCCCAUACAUCAAAGACAGAGUGAAGAUGGAAAUGGAACAGGUGGCACAAAAGGAGCAGAGGGCUUGUGUCACAACCCAUCCCAUGCCCCUGAGUGCAGAAGAAGAACCACCCUCCACCUCUACAAAGCGAAAGCGGUCACUGGGCAGCUUUUUCAAGACCAAGGCGGUCCCUGCUUCCUCUACUGUGCAGUUGGAGGAUACCAUUAAAGCAGAACUGGACAACUACCUCAUAACUCCUACCAUUGAUGGAGAGCAAGAUCCACUGGCCUGGUGGAGAGUGCACAAUGUCAACUUCCCAUGGCUUAGCAAGUUGGCUCGUAAGUACCUUUGCAUACCAGCAACGAGUGCACCAUCAGAGAGACUGUUCAGUGCCAGUGGCAAUAUUGUCACAUGUCAGCGUGCAAGUCUGAAGCCAGCAAAGGUUGACAUGUUGGUUUUCUUGGCCAAAAAUCUCUGAAGGGAUGAA